CGAGACUCCAUUCUUUUCUCUUCGCUGCCUUCGAUCUUUUUAAUCCUCUGCUCUGUUCAUCGCCUCUUCGUCAGCUUGCGGCGGUUCACCUCUCUUCCGGAAGGUAUUCGGUAAUAUUCGAGAAACGCCAUGGAGCUGGGACAAGGGAGAUUGGACUUAUGCUGAUUAAAACGGGAAGAAAGUAAAGAGAGGAGGAUGUUUGAAGGAUUGGUGAGGCAGUUGAUACUGGGAUAUUUGGGCAAAUACAUCAAAGAUAUCCAGAAAGAGCAGCUCAAAAUCACUCUUUGGAAUGAGGAGGUUCUGCUGGAAAACGUGGAGCUGAUUGUGGAAGCAUUUGACUACCUCCGGCUACCAUUUGCUUUCAAACAAGGCCGUGUUGGAAAAUUAAGUAUCAGAAUUCCAUGGAAGAAACUUGGCUGGGACCCCUUUAUAAUCAUGCUGGAAGAUGUAUAUAUUUGUGUCUCUCAACGGGAUGACAAUGAGUGGUGUUUGGAUGCUGUUGAAAGACGAGAAUUUGCAAGCAAAAAGGCCCAGCUUGCUACAGCAGAACUUGCAAAACUAUCAAGGCGCGUAUGUGACAAUCAGACUGGAAAAUCUUUUGUUUCUUACAUCACUGCCAAGAUUAUUGACAGCAUUCAAGUAUCUAUCAGAAACGUCCACAUUCUCUAUUGGGAUUCACUGUGUGAAAAGGAGGAUCUUUUAUUGGGCUUGAAGUUUUCAAGUCUGACAAUUAUGAGACAAGCAAUUGGAUCUUCAAGUUCAAAAGUUAGAGGAGGUCAAGUCAACAAAUUGAUUGAAGUUCAGAAUUUAGAAGUUCAUUGUGAAAACUUAAGAAAAACUUAUAGUUCAAGUACAAAGGAUGUCCAAAGAUACGACAAUGUGGGUGGACAAAUGCUUGACGACCGCAAAUGUUCAUCUAUUUUAGCUCCGUUGGAUGUUUCAGUGUCUCUAUCGGUAAACAGAUCAGGCAACUUGUUAAAUGAUCUUCCGCAGUAUGACAUCAAGGUUGACAUGGCAUGUGUGGAAACCUCAAUGGAUGAGGUCCAGUUGCAGAAUAUCUUGUCUCUUUCAGAUUAUAUGGAAAUAUGCCGGUUGAGGGAGAAGUAUGGACGUUAUCGUCCUUGGUGGAGCCCUAUAGGGAAAAGGCUCAAGGGAUGGCAAAAAGCAUGGUGGCACUAUGCUCAGGAAUCUGUACUUUCUGAUGUUCAGAGGAGAUUGAGAAAAAAAUCUUGGAAGUACUUUGGACAGAGGCUAUACUCGUGCCGGACAUAUGUGAAAUUGUACAAGGCCAAGUUGAAGUGCUUGAGACAUGAUCAGGUGAUAGAAGAAAGUGUACUGCAUGAAUUGGAGAAAAUAGAGAAAGCAACAGAUAUUGAUGACAUUUUGAAUUACAGAUCCAUUGCUGAACAUGAAUUAGAGGAUUUCUUGUUGAAUACAUCAUCAAAAUAUGGGAAAAAUGGUGGAAAUGUUGACAAAGUGGUUGAAGAUGAUCAUCCUCCUAGCAAGCCUCGAGGAUGGUUGAAUUGGCUGUCUUAUGGCAUGCUUGGAGCUGGGGGAACAGAUGAUUUCAAUCAGUUUUCUGGUGUGGUUUCAGAUGAUGUGAUUGAGGACAUAUACGAGGCAACAAAAUUCCAUCCUUCUACAUCGACUGGGGAUUUGGCAGCAAAUGACGUAGUUUACAUAUUUUCAAUGAAAGUGAACAUCUCUGAGUUUCGGACAACACUUAGAAGCAUGAAACUGGGACAGGCUAUUGCUGAUUUGAUGCUGAAGCAGAUCUCUGUUGAGGGUAGGGCCUGGGAGAAAUCUGCAAGUAUUACAGCCUCUGUCAACUUUUGUCAUUUGCUUAAUCCAUUCAAGCAUCAAGUUAUUUUGUCAACUAAAGAGGUCAAUUCCGAGCAUGUUGUUGUUGAGCAACGACAGCCUUCCUUAAUCAUCAAUGUUGAUCUCUCCCCUGCAAGCUCUAAUCUUGGUUCAUCUGUCAAGGUGAUGCUUAGUCCAACUGAAGUAUUUUGCGAUUCAGAAUUUGUGAAGAAUAUCUUGGAUUUCUUACUUGUAAUGGAGCAAUUGAGCUUUCAGCAUCAAAGAAUCAUGCUGUCCCUACAUGGAAUUGAUGACCUUAACUCGCGUCUUAUAUCAAAAAUUGAUUAUGUUUUAUCAAUUCGUGAGAAGAUAAUCUGGGAUAUUAAUCUCUUGAAUAUUGUUGUCAGCAUACCAUUGGAAUAUUCUGAUGGUGAAGAAUGUAAUAUGUUAAUAGAAGCAUCGGCUGUUUCCUUCUCAUCCAAAUCUGAAAUACAGUCUUAUAGUCUUUCCACUGGAGAUAUGCCUCGUCUUCAUGGAAAAUAUGUUAGUGACUCUGUCUGUGUCGAUGAUAAUCAAAUGGGUUUUAAGCUUCAGGAUCUGUAUGACCACUUUGAUAUGCAGAUAGAUGAUUUCCAGAUAAAGCUGAAGCUGCCUUCAGAAUCAAUCAUGCUUUUAGAGAAAUUUAGUGCUACAGCAAGCUUGGCAUCCUGCAUUUUACCGAAUGAACCAAUCCUCCAGGAAUUUGAUGUUUCUAUGCGGGUGGCCACCCUUCAUUUGCACUUCUCCCCCCUAGUAUAUGAGAAAUUGAUGGGUUUUAUUUCCCAGUUUUAUACACUUAUUCCUCAAUCAGAGACUACAGAUUCAUUUGAACUGAAGUCAAAUGUUUUAAAGGCCUCCAUGUGCUCUUGGCUCACUAUGGAUGCUUGUUUUGAUGAAAUUCACAUACUUCUUGAUCUUGAAGAUAGUGUGGCCGAAGGCUGUACCCUUAACCUCUAUUUUCAGAAGUUAUGCAUUUGGUAUGAUCAAAGUGAUUCUGCUUUGGGCUGGGCCUCUGUGCAGGCAUGCCAGAUCACUGCUAGUUCUAAGAACAGUGAUUGGGAUAGCCAUGUACUUGUUGAGUCUGUAAGUAAACAUAACAUGAGCAUCAAUCUUGAAGGUGAAAGCACAGAUUUGGGUGACAAAGGCUCACUUAUUGAUGGGUGCAUUGUUCUGCAGUUUGAUUCUCAGAGAAACAUUCAGUCGUUUAUUCAGAAAUAUACAAUAUACACAUGUGAUCUUGAGAUUCAUUUAUAUCCCUUUAUUAUUGGGAAGUUCAUUGACUUUUUAGACAGAAUCUCAGCCCAUGGUACUUCAGAAGUUUGUAGUGAGGUAUUGGACGUUCAGGAUGAAAACGCACCAGGAUAUGGUUCCAAUCUUGACAAUUAUGAUUUUCUAAGUGAAAUAGGCUCUUCUGAACCAACUAGCAUUCUGUUUGAUCACUUCCCUUUUACUAGAUUUGAGAACUUGAAACCUCUUUCUGACCUUCAUUCUACAGUUGAUAAUAUGAAGCUUAAAUUCAGUGAAAAUGUCCAUUUAAGAGGCCAGAAGAUGAGACCCUCAAAAUUUGGUCAUGUGGAAAGUGUAGAUAGGUGUUCAAAGUUGUUGCUUGGUAACGUGAAUCUCUGCAGCAUCACUGUGCAUUUUCAUGAUUCCCUAUGCGUUGUUAGCACUAUUAUUGUGCCCUUGGCAAAGUCAUUGCUUACCAUUUCUGCAGACUCGUUAGAUAUGGUUUGUUUCACUGAGCAAAUGGUAUUAUCUUCAUCAUGGUGGCCUCAAACAAUUACUAAAUUUCUUUGGGAGCCCUUGUCCUCAAAAUGUCCAAUUCUCAACUUGCAUCUGAAGCAGAGAAGAGCUGGUUUACAUAAUUUCCAUCUUGAAAUGUGUUUCGAUAUCCAACAAGUUUCCUGCAUGUUGCCUCCUGAUUAUAUAUCUAUGAUAAUUGGUUACUUUUCCCUACCGGAUUGGAGUGCUAAUGCAGAGGAAAAAGUAACAGAUGCAGUAGCUGCUGAGGAAUCUAACACUAUCACAUAUCAUUUCAAGAUUGCUAACUGCAAUGUAAUUACUCCUGCUGAUAGUGAUUGGUCUGAAUUCCUCAAGCUUAAUAUUGCACAAUUAUCCAUUGCUUUCUCUCAAUAUUGCAAAUGCAAUUCUAUAGCUGAGGAUAUUCCUUCUCUAUGCUGCAUUGAUACUGGAAAAUUUUCUCAUAGAAAUGACUGUUUAGACCUACAUGGAUGUGAUCUAUCUCUUUCUCUUUUAGUACUGGACAAAUAUAAUGGCAGUCCCUUGAAUAUGUAUCAAAGCCAUAUCUUAAUUGCAUCACUUACAGCGGAUUUCUGGAUCAGAAUGCCCUAUGAUUUUAUGUCUGAUGGAUCUCCAUAUCCUAACUGUAUCAUGGCUAUGGUCAAAGACUGCCAGCUUCUUGCGGAAGAGUUACAUGUAGUUGCUGGGUUGAAGGCACUAGAUUCUGUAAUCAAUCAGUUCUCACAGGUGGAUGAAGAAUCCAAGCUCUUUACAUCUGAUGUUCAGCAAUUUCUUCAGGCCAAGAAACAAAUGAUGGAAUGUACUCCACUUGUUCCUAUAACUUCAAAUAUGACACUAACUGACAUGAGGUUCUGUGUGAUGUCAUUGUGCAUAAGAUUUCACCAGUUGAAAAAAGACUCCAAUUGUUCUGAACUUAUGGCGGAGGCAGAGAUGCAUUUUGUCUGUUCUUUGUCAUUGAUCAAUGACCGACUUAGCAGUCUUGAAGUAUCAUUCUAUUCUCUUUCACUGUUUUCAUUAUCACAUUCUGUCAUGCUUUCUGAAUUUUCUUGUCCUGGGUCAGGCUCAUCAGUUCUUGAUGUGAUCUUUGUAGUAUCAGUUUCUGGUGAAAAUCUGAUUACUGUCUCAUUUUAUUGCCUGGAUAUCUGGCUACAUUUGCAUGACUGGAAUGAGAUUAUUGGUCUACUCAGUGUGUACAGCACACAUCUGUCUGCACCGACCUCUGGUUCAUCAUCAGAAUCAAUUCCUGGAAUCCCAUCUGACCAUGACAAAUCUGCAUCAGGUGAAAGCUCAGCUCAAAUGCCAUAUUUGAACGUUAGACAAUCUUCUGGUCUGUGCACAUUGAUUUUAGAGCAUGUUGGUUUGGCUCUUCAUAUUCCUGCACUAGUUGCCCAAGACACGGAUAUGGCUUUUGAUUGGUUCCAUUUUCACAAAAAGCAGCCAUCAGAUGAAUAUAACAGCCUUCCAUGUUAUAAACAGAAUUGCUUUCUUUUAGUUAGUCUGCAAAUUAGAAAGAGUAAAUUGAUUGCUGAUGGAAAAACAGUGAAGCUGAAAGUUAGUUCUGAAUAUUUGAAUGGUGUGGUAAAGUUGUUCUAUGGGGGAAAUGCAACAACAUGGCCACUUUUUCAACUGUGUAAAGCCAAUAUUGAGGCUCAUAUCUAUAAAGAUGAGAAUGAUAAGGCACACAUGGAGUUUAUGGUUCGUUGUGACAGCAUGGAUUUGUCAUUUUCAAACCAAAUUCUAUGCAUCCUCCAGUUUACAUGGUUUGAGCAAUCAGAAGAAGUGCCUUCUAGAUUUAAUUUUGCAAGACUGGACUUACAGGUGCAGCUAAGAAAGUUUUCUCUUCUUUUGACAGAUUGGAAGAUUUCAAAUGGACCGUUGUUGGACUUUCUUGUGAGAAACUCAAAUUUUGUGUCCACUAUAACUGAGGAUGAGCUUGAAGGUUCCGUUAUGUGUGACCUUGAAGUGAACUACUACAGCAUUGACAAGGUCUUGUGGGAGCCCUUUGUGGAGCCCUGUAAACUUCAGUUGAGCAUGCAUAGAAAGCUGGAUGAGAGGGCCCUCUUUAGUGGUGCUAUCAUGACAGAUAUCAACCUUGAAUCUAAGACACAUCUCAAUGUGAACAUUAAUGAAUCCAUUAUAGAGGUUGUCUCGAUGAUGAUUGAAAUGAUCAAGGAUGCUUGGUGUCUUGUGGAAGGGACAGGAAGCCCAGACUUCUACACCCCUCACAUAAUCAGAAGCCCAAAGUCAAGAAGAUAUGCUCCAUACAUGUUACAAAACUUGACGACACUACCUCUAAUAUUUUGUGUCUGCCAACAGCAACUUGGAGAUGAUGAUGUGGAUGUGUCCCCAUCCAAAGGUGUCCUGCAACCUGGUUCUUCUACUCUUGUCUACAUCAAUGAAUCCCCUGAAGAACUGGUUUUCCGGUAUAGACCACUGCAGUCAUCUGACAAACUCACUGAUAAGCAGUUGCUUGAGGCUGCACACAGACACGUUACUUUCCAGUUAGAGGGAACCUCUGUUCCUUCUGUUCCCAUUUCAAUGGAUCUUGUUGGUCGCAGAUUCUUUGAAGUUGAGUUUUCAAAAUCUUCGACAGUCUCUGAUAUUCAUAAUGAUGAAAAUUCCUCAAAAAGAAGCCGAAAAAAUGAAGCAGAUAAUGAUGGAGUCACUGAUAGAGGGUUUGCGAUUCCAGUGGUGAUUGAUGUUUCUGUUCAAAGAUUUACAAAGUUGAUUCGACUACAUUCAACUGUUGUAGUUUUGAAUGGUACUUCAACGUCACUUGAACUGCGAUUUGAUAUUCCAUUUGGAGUUUCUCCAAAGGUUUUAGGUCCAAUAUGUCCAGGUCAUGAGUUUCCUUUACCUCUUCAUUUGGCUGAAGUUGGUUACAUAAGAUGGCGCCCAGUUGGUGAUUCUUACCUUUGGAGUGAAGCUCACAGAAUAUCGAGUAUUAUCUCCCAAGAUGUCAGAGUUGGGUUUAUGCGUUCCUUUAUUUGCUACCCUUCUCAUCCAAGCAAUGAUCCAUUCCGCUGUUGCAUUACUGUGAAUUGCCAAUGCCUGCCUCCAGUUGGUAGAUUAAGGAGUGUGUACUCACAGAUUGAUCAGUCUGAAAAUGUUAAUGGGCAAACCUCAAGCAAUUUGGAGAUACCAAACAACAGAUUCUUGUAUCGGAUGGUAUUAUCUAGUCCAAUAGUGUUAAAGAACUAUCUAAUGAAGACAAUAUCUGUCACAUUAGAAUACGCUGGUGUUACACGUCCUGCCUUACUUUCUGAGGUUGAAACCUCUUUUUAUUGUAUUGAUUGUUCACAUGAUGUGUCAAUAACUUUCCAAAUCAGUGGAUAUAGACCUUCAACAUUGAAGUAUCCACGUGCAGAAUCAUUUAGCAAAAGUGCUAAAUUUAGUGGAACAAAGUUCUCAAUACCUGAAAUUAUCCAAUUUGAUGCAGAGUUUUCUGAUGGUUCAUUAUACGUCACAAUGGAGAAAGUGAUGGAUGCAGCCUCUGGAGCUCGUGAAAUAGUUAUUUCUGUUCCAUUUCUAUUGUAUAAUUGUGCUGGAUUUCCACUAGUUCUCUCUAACUCUGUCAGUGGGAUGAAAGGAUAUAGUUGUGUCAUUCCUUCAUGCUAUAAUUUGGACAAACAGAGCGUACUUGGUGAAAGAAAAGAUGGUCUAUCUCUUAUUUGUUCUGAUAGGAAUUUAUCUGCUGCAGAUUCUAGCAAUGAAACAAAGUCAGAUUCACUUGAUUCUAUGCAAAUGGGAUCUAGAAGAGUCAUUCCUUGCUUGUUUUCUCCUGAUCCACGCUCUUAUUCCGGGGAAGUUUUAGUUAUACUAAGUAUGUACCUGCCUCAUAGGGUAGAAAAUCUUAUAAAACAAUCAUGGUCUGCUCCGUUCUCCCUGGUCCCACCAACUGGUUCAACCAGUGUUCUUGUUCCUCAACCAUCCCUGGGUUCUGGUCAUGUACUGUCUGUCUCUGCGAUGGCAGCACCAUUUUCUGGAAGGACAAAAAUUAUCACUUUCCAACCAAGAUAUGUGAUUGCUAAUGCCUGCAAUAAGAACUUGUGCUAUAAGCAGAAGGGAACUGAUAUUCCUUUUCUUCUGGGAGCAGGAGAACAUUCUUAUGUUCAAUGGACAGAUACAACGAGAGAGCUACUUCUAUCUGUUCGCUUUGACGGGCCUGGAUGGGAAUGGUCUGGCUGCUUCCUCCCCAAGCAGUUAGGCGACACACAGAUAAAAGUACGUAACUACAUCACCACAGGUGUGAUCAUGAUGCAUGUAGAAGUGCGGAGUGCUGAUGUUUCUGAUGGAGGUGAAAAGAUUGUUGGAAGCACAAUUGGUAACUCCGGGACAAACUUGAUUAUCUUGUCUGAAGAUCAUACAGGUUUUAUGCCGUACAGGAUUGACAACCAUUCAAGGGAGAGGUUGAGGAUUUACCAGCCGAAGUGUGAAUCUUUCGAGUCAGUAAUUUAUCCUUACACAUCAUCUCCAUAUGCUUGGGAUGAACCAUGCUAUCCACAUCGCCUCACUCUAGAGGUUCCAGGCGAACGGAUCUUAGGAUCAUAUGCCAUUGAUGAUUCAUCAGCACAUUCACUUGUGCACCUACCUUCAACGUCAGAGAAGCCUGAAAGAAAUUUGCUCAUUUCAGUUCAUUCUGAAGGAGCAAUUAAGGUUCUCAGUAUCAUAGAUUCAAGUUACCAUGUUUUGAAUGAUCUCAAGAAUCUUAAUAUUGCUCAGAUGAAAGAUAAAGGGAAACAGACGCAGAAGUAUGAAUCCUUUGUGAAUUACAAGGAGAAGUUAUCAAUUGAUGUUCCCUUUCUCGGAAUAUCUUUGAUGAAUUCUCAUCCUGAGGAGUUGCUCUUUUUGUGUGCUAAGAACACAAAACUUAACUUUGUACAGAGUUUAGAUCAACAGCUUUUCUCCCUACAAGUGGAAUCAUUGCAGAUUGAUAAUCAAUUACAUACAACUCUGUAUCCUGUGAUCCUGUCCUUCAAUCUUGGUAACAAGGGAAAUUUGGGGAAUCAGAUGAAGCUUAGAGAUAAUAAUGCAAAACUCAUGACUGGAAGCAUGAGCCAAAUUGCUUAUUCCAACUUGCAUGAACCAGUGUUAUGCUUAGCUGUUGGCAAAUGGAGAAACACUGAUGCAUCACUGGUUUCAUUUGAAUCUAUUAGCCUUAGAGUAGCUGAUUUUUAUCUUGAGAUUGAGCAAGAAAUUGUGCUGAGAUUGUUUGAAUUUUGCAAGACAACAUCUUCAAGGCUGCGGAGCAGAGUUUUCCAAAACGUGGAUUCCUCCCUGAAUAUGUUGUUCCCUGACUCAGAACUUGUUCAGUAUUCUUCAUGGUUUGAUGAAAGGCAAUCCAAUAGUAUAGGCACAACUCCUAUUUCUAAAGAUUAUAUAAGUUUGUUUCUGCCCCAUAUUGUCCCAAUUGGAGCUCCUUGGCAGCAAAUUGAACUUGAUGUGCAGAAGGAGAAGAAAAUAUAUGUUGAACUGUUUGAUAUGGAGCCUAUUAAAGUGACAUUGAGCUUUUCAAGCAGUCCGUGGAUUCUUAGGAAUGGUGUGCUUACAUCUGGGGAAUCUCUUAUUCAUAGAGGUCUUAUGGCUCUUGCUGAUGUCGAGGGUGCACAAAUUCAUUUCAAGCAAUUAAUCCUUUCACACCAGAUGGCUAGCUGGGAAUCCAUCCAAGAAAUCCUUGUCAGUCAUUACACACGACAGUUUCUACACGAAAUGUACAAGGUUUUUGGUUCUGCUGGAGUUAUUGGAAAUCCUGUAGGAUUUGCAAGGAAUUUAGGUCUAGGCAUCAAAGAUUUUUUCUCUGUUCCUAUCUGGAGCGUUUUCCAGAGCCCUACAGGACUUAUUACUGGUAUGGCUCAGGGUACAACGAGCCUUCUCAGCAAUACUGUUUAUGCAAUAACUGAUGCUACUAGUCAAUUCAGCAAAGCUGCACAUAAGGGUAUAGUGGCAUUUGCAUUUGACAACCAAGCCGAGACAAUGAUUGAAGGACAGAACAAGGGGAUUGCUUCCCAAAGCAAAGGAGUGAUAAAUGAAUUCUUGGAGGGACUCACAGGAGUACUCCAAUCACCCAUCAAAGGGGCUGAAAAACAUGGCCUGCCAGGUCUAUUUUCAGGUAUAGCGGUGGGUAUUACUGGACUAGUGGCAAGACCUGCAGCCAGUUUGCUUGAAGUCACUGGUAAAACUGCACAAAGCAUCAGAAACCGUAGUAGGAUACGCCAGAUGGGGUAUCGGUGCUUUAGAGUCCGUUUACCAAGGUCUUUAAGUGCAGAUUUACCACUGAAGCCUUACUCGUGGGAGGAAGCAAUAGGAACAUAUGUUCUUGCUGAAACGGAUGAAAGUCUGAGAGAGGAGACACUAGUUAUGUGCAAAGCACUCAGUCAAAGUGGCCAAUAUGUGGUGAUCACACAAAGACUUAUACUAGUAGUUAGCUGCUCCACUUUAGUCGACUUGGGCCAACCCCACUUCGAAGGGGUUCCUCCUGAUCUUAAUUGGGUGAUGCAAUCUAUAAUCGGAUUGGAUAGCAUAAUUCUUGCUGACAAUGAGGGGCAGGUGGUGCACAUUGUGGGAAGUGGUUCGGAUAAAUUAUCUAGACAGAACUUUCAGAGGCACAAAAGUGGGAGCGAACAACCAAAGGGGAAGGCAUUGAAGAAUGUACAUUCUCCACUGCCCCUUCUCCAAACCAAUAUAGAAUUCACAAACCCAGAAGAAGCCGACGAGUUCUUGAGAGUAGUGAUGUGCAUGAUUGAAAGAGGAAAAGUGCAAGGCUGGGGCUCUACAUAUAUAUUACAACAGAGCAGCAUAAAAUAGUUUCUGCAGUAUAGUGUGUUGUUUUGCGAUCAUUGAACAUUUGUAAAUGGUAGAUUAGAGAUGCAAUGGUUACAGAGAAAGUUGCUUUAGUCAUUGUUGAAGAUUGGAUUUCAGUCAUAUCUGUAUAUGUUGAUCGUAUGCAGGGCUUUAUUUUAUGUAUAUUAUUAUAACAAACAUAUGUUUAUAUUACAUUAACCAUUUAUUUAAUUUAAGUUUUUACUA